AUGAAAAUUUCAAACAUCUCUGAUUAUGGGAAUAUUUCCUCCUCGCCAAAAACCACAAGUCAUCCACCAACAGGUAUAACAACCGCCUCACAAACAAUCAACAUACUUGUGGCAACCGUAGCCAUUAUAGGAAACACACUGGUGAUUUUAGUGUUCAUUCAAGACAAGAAGCUACUAAGGAAAUCCUAUAACAUUUUGAUCCUUUCUCUGGCCCUAGCUGAUGUGCUGACCGCCGUAACCUUGAUCACAAACCCAGCUUUGGUUCUUGGUGAGGCGUUCCCCUAUCCAAGUAAUCCAUUUUGGGGGGACAUUUUUUGCCGAGUGAUCUGGAGUCGAUCGUUUCUCUUCCAGCUUGUAGUAUUCUCUGCGUACAUCUGCUUGGCGUUAAUGACGGAGCGAUGGUACGCUGUGAUCAGACCACUCAAAUAUAGUGACACUUUCAACAAGAAGCGAACUCUCAUUUACAUCUUGGUUGUUUGGCUAUGGUCGCUAAUUCUCUGUUGUUCCACUCUAUUCGAAAUAGAAUACGUUUCAUCUUAUCCACCAACUCGACCCUGCAGAUGGCUGUUGCUUUGGGGAAAACAACGUGCAUUAGUGGGGAUAAUUCAAGUCUUCUUCAAAAUGGUUCUUCCAAGUUCCCUUAUGCUGGUUUUGUUCAUCCACAUGGUGUACAAGACCAGCAAAUCUGAUGUAGCCUCAACAGAAAGCAGGGCGAAACUGCGCGGGAAAAUGACGCGAAUGAUCGGUUUCGCUUGUUUUAUGCUGAUCAUUUGUUUUGCGCCCAGUCAGACAAACUUCGCGUUGGCCAUGGCGGGAAUAACGCGUCUGGAUUCCAAACUACACCACGUCCUGUCCCUCCUGGUUUUUAUCAACAGCUGCUUGAAUCCGUUCAUAUAUGGGAUGAGUAACCAGAAUUAUCGCCGUGGCUACCAAAAGAUCUUUGGUUCUCUCAUGUGUUGCCGAAAAUUGAAUAGCAGCAGUAACAUGAUUACCCCAGGCUCGUGUAAAAGUAGAAGUACCGAGCAUGAAAACGCGCAUGAAAAUGGCGGAGAAAGCUGCUUUUACUUGUCUGAGAGGGACACUUAAUUGGCGGAAGCAGAUAGUUGGUACUCUUAAACUCGGCUAAUGAUGAUGAAAUAAUAAUAAUAAUAAUAAUAAUAAUAACAAUAAUAGUAAUAACAAUAAUAAUAAUAAUAACAAUAACAAUAAUAUUAAUAAUAAACUUCAUGGGCAGUUUUGGAGGAACACAGCAGAAGGAAGAGAGCAAAAGACGUGGGAGUCGCUGAAAAAGGACAAACUAAAGAAGGAGACGGAGGGUAUGAUUAUGGCGGCACAAGACCAAGCCUUGAGAACUAAUUUGGCAAGCAAAAUGUGUCUGCAAAGUAUAGGAUGUGCGGAGAAACUGAUAAGACAAUUAGCCAUAUUGUAUCGGAAUUCAAGAAACUUUCUCACAAGCAAUAUCGAUAUUGGAGGCUCGACAAGGUGGCGCAGGUGGUUCAGUGGGACCUAUGUGGAAAGCUGGUUUAUGACAGGGAUGAAAAAUAGUACAACUUCAUGAGUCACAUCCACUACCAACAAGUUGCAGUGGGACUUCAAAAUACACACAACACAACAUUCAAAAUACAAUCAACACAACAAGACUGACAUUGUGGUAUUGAAUAUGAUUGAACGGAAGUUCCUGAUUAUUGAUGUUGCUUGUCCAUUUCAAAUGCUAGUGAAAGACAGAGAUAGAGAAUAUUGAGUACUACCAAACGGAUAUGGAAAUUGCGCAGAGUAACUGUGGUUCCAGUCAUAAUUUGAUACAUUAUGAACUGUCUCGAAAGGCAUAGAAAAGUGGUUAGCAGAGACUGGUGUCACAUUCGUUUAGAAUCAUUGCAGACAGCAUGCUUACUGGGUAGAGCCAGAAUCCUUUGCAAAAUUUUGGACACAUAAGGUCACGGGCGGUGACUUGUUGUUCAAGGAAGACUCCAGCAAAACAUUCAGAAGGUGUGUUUUAUGAGGAUAAUAAAAAAAGUAAUAAUAAUAAUAAUAAUAACAAUAACAAUAACAAUAACAAUAACAAUAACAAUAAUAAUAAUGAUAGAAAACAUCAAGAAAGUAUCAGAAAGAGCUACUGUGACAGAGAUCCAAAAAAUCUGCAUGCUGCGAUCUGCACGAAUCCUCAGGAAGAUGCUUAGUGUAUGA